CUCUCCCAUUUAUAAAACACCGCGAGACGGAGUGUGUAACAGAAGAGUGGUUCAACUUGUUUGACACAUGUUGACAUAGGAAAAGAAAGAAUUCAAAGAUAAAUAUUAACUUUGAGAGAAAAAAAAAAAAAAAGAAAAUCGAAGCGAGAAUAACCAGGCCAAAAUGCUGUAUAUCAUCUUAAGUAUCACAAACUUCUGCUUCGCGGUAACUCAGUUUGUCAUCAAUGGCAUGUCCAGUGCUGGUCCAGACGGAACUGUCUUCAUUAACAAGACUGGAGUUUUGUCAAAAUAUUAUGAUACUGCCAUAACACCAGCUGGAUGGACAUUUAGCAUUUGGGGCUUUAUUUAUGCCUGGCAGGCUCUCUGGGUUAUUUACUCAUUGAUCAACAUCUUUAGAAAGAACCAGAAUGGGGCAGUAUGUGACAACCCGAGGUUCCUGCCGCUGUCAAUGUUCGUCUUGUGUAUUCUGAUUUGCUGCUUAAAUAUCACCUGGCUAAUUACCUUUGACAGACAGAAGAUUGAAGUCUCCUGCGCUGCUCUCAUAGCCUACGUUUUGCUAAUGUAUGCAGCCAUGAUCGUUUCAUACCGCGCACUGGACAAGGCAUCCCCUCAGCUCGUAGACCAGCAGCAAGUCAAGGAUAUUUGGCUUACCAGGGCUCUUGUUCACAACGGUCUGGCCAUCCAGGCUACUUGGGUGACCAUAGCGUCGUUGCUAAACAUCGCCAUGGUGAUGACCUACAGUGGAGGCAAGAAUGUUGACUACGACACUGCCGGUACAGUCGUUUUAGCCCUUUUAUCUUUCAUCUUACUGUCGUAUGUCUUAGCAGACCUCUUCCUAUUAGACAGAUACACCCGAUAUACAAUCACUCCCCAUAUGGUUGUGGUUGUUGCUCUAUCUGGCAGCAUCAACAACCAUUAUGAAGAAGGCGAGAGGAACUCUGUUUUCAAAAUAGUUCUUCUGUCCAUUGCCGCUGCUUUCUUGCUAGUCAAAGUUAUUGUCACCAUAUACAGACAUUUCAAGAAACAGCGUUACAUCACCAACUUUACACCGACUACAAGUGAAAAGCAGCCCAAUGGGAUCUUAGCGUAAGUUUAACGAAUCAAAGUUUCCAGCAUUUCUUGUUGUUAAUAGCUCGCUUUGUUUUAGGUUGUAUCAAACCAUCAUACAUUUCAAUAGAUGUACUUUAUGUAAUUUAUAAAGUAAAUAUACAAUGACUUCAUAUUGAAGCAAGAGGUCAAUAGACAGGCUUGUAUUUUUUUAUAGAUUGUUGAUUUUUUAAUUAAAAUGUUGUUGCUGAUUUAUAUUCAAUUAUCAAUGCGAUUUGUUUGUAUAUAGGCCUAUAUUUGGCUAAAUCUGUUUGUAAAUGGAAGACAACAAGCUUUACAAUAAUGAAAUUUUUGUGACAUUUAAAACUGAUGUGCCUUAUCUUUGUAUGUGAUGCAUUUCUGUAGUAUUCUAUGCAUAAAUGUUCCAAAUGUUUAUCUCAAAAAUAUAUUUUUUUAUAUUUAUAAUUUUAUAUUAUAUAUAUUUAAACCUUAGAAUCAAAUGUUUUUAAUGAUUAAAAAAAAAAAACUGUCCUACAUUUAAGACUA